AUGCCUGAGUUGGCUAAAUCCGCCCCGGCUCCGAAGAAGGGGUCCAAGAAAGCGGUGACCAAGACCCAGAAGAAAGAUGGCAAGAAGCGCAAGCGCAGUCGCAAGGAGAGCUACUCUAUCUACGUGUACAAAGUACUGAAGCAGGUCCACCCGGACACCGGCAUCUCGUCCAAGGCCAUGGGCAUCAUGAACUCAUUUGUCAACGACAUUUUCGAGCGCAUCGCGGGCGAGGCGUCCCGCCUGGCGCAUUACAACAAGCGUUCGACCAUCACCUCCAGGGAGAUCCAGACGGCCGUGCGCCUGCUGCUGCCCGGGGAGCUGGCCAAGCACGCCGUGUCCGAGGGCACCAAGGCCGUCACCAAGUAUACCAGCUCUAAGUGA